AAUGUGUGAUCUCCACCUAAGCUGUUGUGAGAAAAAGACCAGAGCGCAGUAAUAGAAGAUAAGGAGAGAGAAAGGGAAGGAUAUGGCAAGCAGAGCUGGAGGUUGGAUAUCAUCAAGAAGCUGCGUAAACACUACUAUACCAAAAAGAGAACCUACUAAACCUUCCUUCUAUUUUCCCCCAAGGGCCACCAACAUCAAAGGAAAUGACUUGUCAUUGAUAACAAAAAGAAGCAAAAAGGGUUGUAAGCGUUUGGUGACAAUUUCAAGCUCAGAUGGAAGAUGGCGUGGAGAAUGGAAUUGUGAUUACAUUUUCUCUCUUCGAGACCUUCAACUUGAAGAUUUAGCUGAAGAUGGUCAAACAGAUACUCAAGUUUCCAUUCAACUCUCUAUCCACAAGCACGCAGGCUUUGGCCUCUCCGUGGAUGGAAGAAUUAUCACAUCUUUCACCAGAAAAUGUAGCAACUGCUCUUCCCCAUACUGCAGAGAGAUUGAUACAAGCUUUAAAGUUUGGGUAUUACCAUCAAGCAGAGACAAAGGAUGUACAGAUGAACUUCCACUGCUUAGUUGGGAUGAUCCAUCUGUUAUCUAUGUGAAACCAGGAUUUGAGGCUGGCCUUGAUUCUUUGAUACAAGAUACCAUUAGACUUACUACCUCUGUAAAAGAGACUUGUUCAGAAUCAUGUGAGAAAUCUGAACCUAAAUUGCAGCCUUUGGGUAAACAGAAUGCUGCUUCCAUUGAUAGGAGGUGGUCCAGAUUAUUGGAGCUCAAGAAGGAAACUUAACUUCCAUGAAAAUCUCAAUAGCUAUACAAGGCAAGGCACCUGGAUCACAGUAAAAAGAAAGUAUAUUAAACAUAUUACUUUCUCCUUUUGUUGAAAGUAUUAUGUUUUCAUAUCCUAUAAUACUAUAGUCGUCCAAAUUGAAUGUAUACUGAAAAUCGGUUGCAGUAAAGGAAUAUCAACUGUUUGCUCA